AUGAAUGAAGAUUUCAACGAGGUCCGCCCUCAGGUCUCUGCCAAGAGCCUGGACGAUGAACUCAUAAACUCCAUCUUGCCAUCUUAUCACAUGUUCCAAUCCACUAUCUCCAAGCGUCUCGUCCCCAAUGAUGAGAACUAUAAGGUUGAUCCUCCCAGAUACGAGAUGUCUCCGCUCAACUCGGGCGCUGUCACUCCUGUGGCAUCUGCUGCUACAAUGUCUCCUCUGGCGAUGUUUGAUUUGUCGGAAUUUCCCUUCCCAAAUCCAAAUCCAAAUCUGAAUCCCGAAGACGACUCAGAAGACUUCACCCAGAACUCUGCGCAAUUGUUCGAGAAGACCAUCUUGGCGAAUGUGCACAAGCUCGACAACUUGAUGGACACCUCCAACUCUAUGGCCAGCCAUUUAGACGUUGAGAUCACUUUCACUGAUUCGGUGUGUCAGAAAGGUGUCAAGCCCAACAUCAUUGAUGUGUCCAAUCGCGAGUAUCGACAAGAAGAGUACCUCCAUGGCUAUGUCACAAUGACGAAUAGGUUUACAGAGCCCAUUCCUUUUGAUAUCGUUUACGUAAUAUUUGAAGGCAGCUUAGUGGUGGUUCAAAGCUCUAACGGCCCCAAGGACCAUACUCAUCCUCCCACUGUUUUCAAGUUCCUAAACAUGCCUGACCUAUUUGCAUCAUGGACUUACGCCAACAUCGACCGUUUAGCCACAGAUGAAGGAAAUCCUCACGACUGGUGUGUUGGGGAAAAAGAUCCUUAUGAUGACACCGUUCUUUCCAUCGAUGCCAAGCGUCUUUUCCAGCCUGGUGUGACAUACAAGCGAUUCUUUUCUUUCCGUAUUCCAGACAGGCUCUUGGACGACAAUUGUGAUGUGCACAAUUUGGACGGACAUUGCACGAUGUUGCCAACGUUGGGGAACCCCGUGAGCAUUACUUCCUCCCGAAGGUUUCAUGAUUUCACUGAGAAGAAGAUCAAGGACUUUUCGUUCAUGGACACCUUCAUCAGCUACUCCGUGUCUACCAAGAUCAUCGGGAAGGCCUCUCAGUACAACCAUAAGGUUCCGAAGGACAAAUUUGUGUUGACAAAGGAGGUGAGUGUUCCAAUCCGAGUAUUGCCGUUCACCAUUCAGCCAGAAUACCCAGACUACUGGGCUAAGAAAGUGCUUGCUAGCUUUAAGGCAUUAAAGGAUACGGUUGAGCAGAAGAUUGAUGAGGGUACUUUGGUACUCCUGAGCAAGAACUCAGGCUCUGUGCUUUCACUCACGAGUAUGGUCUCCCAGCUCUCUCCACUGACUUCUCGUGGACUGACCAGCGAAAAGUUGAGACACCUCUAUAAUGUGCCUUCAACAUCCAGCAAGAACAACAAGAGUGAGGAGCUGCCACUCUACCAGAACUUGACGUCGUACCGAAAGCAGAAGUUAACAGGCUUCUCCAAGGUUCUCGGAGUCUUCUCACUCUCCACACCAAAGAUAAAAUACUCUUUCCCAUACAUCCCUCCGUUGCAAUACCGGAACCCUCUACAGAGGUACAACACACAGUUAGAGAUCCCGAUUGAUAUCUCUUAUUCUUACGAGUAUGAGGGUGAUAACCAGACUCCUCCAGAACCCAAAAGCGUAUCAUGUGAAUUGAUUGUCAUGACAGCUAGAUCAAAGAAGCAUUUGAUUCCACUUGAGUUCAACCAUGAUAUGUGCUUCCUUGAUUACGUCGUGGAUGAUUUCGCUACGAAGAAGACUGGCGAAGACUAUCCUAAUUUCGACUCAAUUGUAAUUAAACCUUACCACGACUACUUGCACAGACUCACUUCAAUCAUGAAGAGAGUUGGAUUCAAUGACGACGCGUUCAGGGUCGAAACUCAACUCUUCAAAGAUAUCAAAAGUUUGGCCACGCUACAGACCAAACAUAUCAAUUUGGCAAUUGAGGAUGUUCGCAUCGAAAGCUCAUCGGAUUCCAGUAUGGGAUACUACAAGAACUUGGCUGCCAUUCCAUGGAGUGAAACGCAGGCUACAACCAACGCCAACUGCAAAAUCUUUACCAAGAAAGUGAAACUUCAUCUUGACUUAGACACUUGCCACUUGAAGGGAACCACACCACUUGCAGGAAAAUCUGCUUUUGACACUAUCUGCUUAGUGCCAGAUUUCCAGACAUGUCUCUUGGUCAGACUUUAUUAUGUGCGCAUCACAGUGAAGCAUAAAAACGGAGCGUCCCAAGUGGUACACGUUCCCGUUACAAUAGAAUAA